AAACAUUUUGGGACAAGCUAGAAUAAAAAAAUGGACAAACAAAUUGGAACAGAAGGAAUAUAUAAUUGGGAGAAUGAAAGCAGACUUAAUCGAUUUUAACUUUGGAAAAGUUGUUCCUCCAAAAUUUCAGCAUUUACUUUCAAUUUCCUUGCACCAGUCUCUUCUUCAGAUUCAAAACAAAGUAAGCAGCGAAAUUUGCUCCGCCACAUACCUGAACAACACAUGGCCCUGUCGUUGCCGCCUUCAUUUUUUCUUUUCAUGCCUAUUGUUGUUUUCUUGCUUUGGGGUUCAGUACCCGACUCUGUGCACGGCGGGAACGAGACUGAUCGGCUAGCCUUACUAGCAUUCAAGGUGGAAAUCACCGGCGAUCCCCUCGGGAUACUAAAUUCUUGGAAUGAAUCCAUCCACUUCUGCCAAUGGGUUGGUGUAACGUGUGGCCGCCGGCACCAGAGGGUCACUGAGUUAAUCCUUUCGAAUGGCAAACUAUCAGGGCCCAUUUCUCCACACAUUGGAAAUUUAAGCUUCCUUAUGUGGUUACGGUUACAAAACAAUAGCUUGAGUCAUGACAUCCCCCAAGAACUCGGCCGCUUACACAAACUAAAAUUCAUGUCACUGUAUAAUAAUUUAGCUACCGGUGAAAUUCCAGCCAAUAUAUCUCGUUGCUCUAGUCUUAUCUCCCUCGAGUUUACUCUAAACAGGCUAACGGGAAAAAUUCCAACGGAGCUCGGUCGCCUAUCCAAACUCCAGAGAUUGUAUAUUGCACAAAACAAUCUAACAGGAGGUGUGCCUGCAACUAUUGGUAAUCUAUCAUCUCUGGCGAUCCUCUAUAUAUCCGAAAAUAAUUUUGGUGGGAAUAUACCUGAUGAUCUAGGCCGAUUGACAAACUUGGAAGCUUUUGCGUCAGCGGAUAACAGGUUGGUCGGUACGAUUCCUUCCUCAUUAUUUAAUAUCUCUUCCAUUACGAGCUUCGAUAUCGGAAACAACCAAAUCCAUGGGACUCUUCCCUCAAACCAAGGAACUUCACUUCGUAAUCUCCAGUUCCUUGGAGUUUGUUAUAACUCUUUGACUGGAUCCAUUCCUAGUUCAAUAUCGAAUGCCACCAACCUAUAUAACCUUGGGGUGAAAACCAACAAUUUUACUGGGAAAAUGCCUUCUUUGGUUAAUCUGCGUAAUCUUCGGUGGUUAGGUGCUUCUUAUAAUCAUCUAGGAAUAGGGGAAGCAGAUGACUUGAGCUUUCUCUCCCCUUUGAUCAAUGCCACCAAUUUGGGAUGGUUGGAACUGGCAGACAACGGUUUUGGAGGUGUGUUUCCGGAAGUAAUUACUAAUUUCUCCAUUGGGUUUAGGUAUGUAGACUUGCACGACAAUACCAUGUACGGGAGCAUCCCAAGAGGGAUAGUGAAUCUGGUCAAUUUGGAGCUAUUCGACAUAGGAAACAACCAUUUGACAGGUAACAUUCCUGUUGAUUUCGGGAAACUUCAAAACUUGCAUGAAUUGUUGCUUGGAGGAAAUAGAUUCUCCGGUGACAUCCCGUCUUCUUUCGGAAAUUUAUCCUUGUUACUAACUCUGGAUAUAUCAAAAAAUAAUCUUCACGAAAGCAUCCCAUCAAGUCUGAGCAAAUGCCAGAUGUUAUUGAAGCUUGUACUCGCUGAAAACAGUCUUAGUGGCACUAUACCCAAACAAGUUGUUAGUCUCUCAUCACUGAUAAAUCUAGACCUAUCUCAUAACAACUUGACUGGUGUCAUCCCUGUGGAAAUCGGGGUUUUAAAAAAUCUUGAAACACUAAAUGUUUCUAACAAUAUGUUGGUUGGGAAUAUUCCAAGCGCCCUUGGUAGCUGUGCGAAAUUGGAAUCGCUUAAUUUGAACGACAAGUUCUGGGGAGUUGUUCCAUCAACUUUGAGUGAAUUGAGAGGCUUGGAGGAACUAGACAUUUCUAUGAAUGAUUUCUCAGGAAAAAUCCCAAACUAUUUCGAGAUAUUUAUUUUCUUAAAAAAAUUAAAUAUAUCAUUCAAUGAUUUUGAGGGAGUGGUACCAAAACAAGGCAUAUUUAAGAUUGCAGCAGCUAUUUCUAUUGAGGGAAACAAGAAGCUUUGUGGUGGUAUACCAGAUUUACAACUGCGUAGUUGCCAAUCCAAGGGAUUCCCAAGGAAGAAAUUUACUCAAGUUGUGAAAUUGGUACUCCCAUCGUCUUUUGGGCUUGUAUGUCUAUUAGUGAUGAUGUACUUCGUGCAUCUUCGUUGGUUUAAAAAGAGAACAGAGGUACCAUCUUUUAAAUUUUUUGGCCACUCAUUUGCUAAGUUGUCCUAUGGGAGUCUAGUUAAAGCAACCAAUGGGUUCUCUCCAACCAAUCUAAUCGGCAUGGGUAGUUUUGGUUCGGUGUACAAAGGAUUUCUUGAUCUUGAUCAUGGUGAAAAACUAGUUGCUGUGAAGAUAUUAAACCUUCAAUUCCGGGGAGCUGCCAAGAGUUUCAUUGCUGAGUGUAAGGCCUUAAGGAGCAUUAGGCAUCGGAAUCUUGUAAAUGUGAUCACGGCAUGUUCAAGCGUUGACUAUAAAGGUAAUGAUUUCAAAGCUCUGGUUUACGAGUUCAUGAUCAAUGGGAGCCUAGAGGAGUGGUUGCAUCCAAAUGAGAAAGAAGAUGAUGCUCACGACAAGUCGCGGAGUUUAAACCUUCUACAGAGGUUAAAUAUUGCAUUUGACGUCGCUUCUGCACUUUUUUAUCUUCACCACCAUUGCUCAGAACCAAUAGUUCACUGUGACUUGAAACCGAGCAACGUUCUUCUUGACGAUGAUAUGGUUGGACAUGUAGGUGAUUUUGGGUUAGCAAGAUUCCUUGUAGAUGUGACACGUAUUUCUUCUGCAAAUCAAUCAAGUUCUAUUGGCUUACGAGGGUCAUCCGGUUAUGCAACUCCAGAGUAUGGCAUGGGAAAUCAAGUAUCAACGUCGGGUGAUAUGUACAGUUUCGGUAUUCUAUUAUUGGAGAUGGUUACAGGGAAGAGACCAACAGAUACCAUGUUCACGGGUAGUCUGACUCUCCACAACUUUGUUGAGAUGGCUAUGGCUGAACAAGUAGCAAACAUUGUUGAUCCAACACUGUUUCAACAAGUGGUAAUGGGAGAGGCAAGCUCAAGCAACAGCUCUCAGAAUCAAAGCCCGGCUUGCUUUCACGAAGUUCAGGAGUGCUUGACUUCAAUUCUUAAAGUGGGAAUAGCUUGUUCAAAAGAACUACCAAGAGAUCGACCGGAUAUCAAAGAAACAGUUACUCAGUUGCAUGUGAUUAAGAACACUUUUCUCGGAGUUGGAGUGCACGGAAGAAUGAGAGCUAGAAUUGCAGCUUGAUCAUGUGCAGGUUCUUGAGGUUUGGUGGGUCUUGAAGGAAUCUAUUCCGACCACAACUUUGUGAUACUCCAUAUUUCUUUUUUGUAUGCAUUAAUACAGAUGCUAGUUUGUUGUUUAAUUUCUG